UGUGAAUCUGGGUUGAGUUUUAUGUUUCUGUAGCGAAGACACACUCAAAGACAAGCAUCACUGGUCUGUAGAGGGACUUAAGGCGGUUAAGAUCACAUCAUUUUCUAAAUUAAAAGGAAAUGAACUUGUAGAUAAUUAAGAAGAUUGUUUUUGCUAUUUUUAACUACAAGCAGAAAUACCUGGAACAUUUUCUCUGGAGAUCUGGUACAAAUUGCGUUUUUUCCUAGUGGGUUUAGGUUCUGAAACAGCUCAGUGUUUCCAAAAGACAAGAAACUGAGGAAAUAGGAAUUUUAUGCAACAUAGUGUUGUCUGCGACGUCUUGGCCAGACCAUGUUUAAAAACACGUUUCAAAGCGGCUUUCUUUCUAUUCUGUACAGCAUCGGCAGCAAACCCCUUCAGAUUUGGGACAAGAAGGUCCGAAAUGGCCACAUCAAAAGAAUCACAGACAACGACAUCCAGUCCCUUGUGCUGGAGAUCGAGGGUACCAACGUAAGUACUACAUACAUCACCUGCCCUGCAGAUCCAAAGAAAACCCUAGGCAUAAAACUUCCAUUCCUGGUGAUGAUCAUAAAGAACUUAAAGAAGUACUUCACCUUCGAGGUGCAGGUCCUGGAUGACAAGAACGUGCGGCGGCGCUUCCGUGCCAGUAACUACCAGAGCACCACGCGGGUCAAGCCCUUUAUCUGCACCAUGCCCAUGAGGCUUGAUGAUGGCUGGAACCAGAUCCAGUUCAACCUGUCUGACUUCACCAGGCGUGCAUACGGAACCAACUACAUCGAGACACUACGUGUACAGAUUCAUGCAAACUGUCGGAUCAGAAGGGUUUAUUUCUCAGACAGACUGUACUCUGAGGAUGAGCUCCCUGCAGAGUUCAAACUCUACCUCCCAGUGCAGAACAAGGUGAAGCAAUAAAUAUCAGCAUGUAUCUCUUGACCAGCAAAGGCCUUAAGAAUGAAGAACGAAAAACCAGGAAUAAAAAAUGAGGACUAUUGUGUUUAUCUGUUAACAUUAACUUUAUUUAAUAUAUAUGUUAAAAAAAUAAAAAAAAUACAUUAAAAAAAUUGGAAAUUAUUUUUCAUUUGUUGGAAGUCUGUAUAACACUGGAGAAUGUAUUAUUUUUGCUGUUUAGUUUUGAUGAUGUGUUUAAAAUGCAGUGGGUAGGACACCGACUGUGCUCCCUAUAACUGAGAAAGGUGCCUUCCAAGCCAGUGGGACUGAGAACUGGAAGCUCAUUGUGUUCCCCACACUCCUUGAAUACUAGGACACACUUGAUAGGCCAUUUAUCUUACCUUAAUUAGUAAAAAAAAAAAAUAUAUAUAUAUAUAUAUAUAUAUAUAUAUAUAUACACACAUGCACACACACACACACACACACAGUUAUAUAGUGGGAAAUAUUCUGCUAUAGGUAUACCAAUAAUGUGAUCAAAUGCCUAUCCAAUAAUAUACAGGGUUUGCAAAUGUGUAUGUUCAUAGAUCUCCCCACCAGUAUGAAGGGGCAUACUGAUUUUCAAAGUAAUCCUUUUACAAGUUAUAUGACUCGCAAGUUUUCACAGAAAUAAACAUUCAAAAAGCAAAUACUGAAGAAUUUCUGGUUAUGAAUGCAUUGCAUGUAAACAAUGGGUAUGAUAAAAUGUACACAGCUUCUUUCACAGUUUAUAGGAUACCAGUUUGAUUGAUUGAUUGAUUUUUUCUUAACUUUCUUGACAGACCAAAUAAAAGCUUAAUAUACUUGUUAAUAGCUAAUUUUUAUAUUCAGUUUGAAUAUAGUCGCAUUGGACAUAAUGCUGAAAAUUGCGUUAUGCAAAAAAUGGCUCAUAUACUUUUAACAAACAUUCCCUGAUUCACUUAAAAAAAACUCAGCUUAAUAUAGCUAGGAUUUUUCCAGAUUGUUAAACAAUUACGCUAUGUAUUUAUUGUACCUGUAUACAUCUUACUUUUGAACACAUUGGCUAUUUUUGAAAUAUGUAAUUCAUUUGAGAGUUCUUCUAAAGGAAACAUUUGAAAAGACUGUUAUGUAUAAUAAAUGGCAAUCUUUUAAUAAUGAAAUAUGAUGGUUUAUACAACAAGUGUUGAUAGUUCUAGUGUUGAAUACGUUUUUUGGAGUUAAGUGUUACAGAGUGAAUAUUGUUUGUUUACCAGAUCUCAUUUUGGAAUCCUUUGAGGACAUGUUUGUGAUUCCUCCAAUUCUCAAAUGUGGAAUAACUACAGUACUCCCUGAAUAUUAAUUCUGUAUGAAGUAACUGAAAAAGCAUUAUUUUAAAUAGUUGCGGGACUGCAAAAAGAAUGAACCUGUAGAGCCACAAAAUGCAUACUAGUAAGUUGUCUCUUACGUCAACCAACAAAAGGUUGGAGCUGGAGAUAUUAAUGCAGCAUCUUGCCGCCCUUUUCAAAUCUGGAAUAAUAUACUGAUUAAAGUCAUGACUUCAGUACUGUCUUACUAGGUUUCACAAACUAGUGAUGGGUCCAGUUACUGACCAUACUGACUGUGAUCGGUUUGUAAACACUGAUUUUGUAGCAGAUAAUUUUGUAGAAAGUAAUUUUGUCCUAAAAUAUUCACACUGAAUUUAUAAUAAAAUAAAUAUAAUA